AUUUUUUUUAAAAAAUAAAUAAUAAUAAUAAAUAAUGUAUUGGAUUAUUGAAUUGAUUACUAUAUUUAUUGCCACACUUGGUGCCUGUAAAUAUUUUAUGACCAUGUUAAGUUCAACAAAAAAUAAUACUAAAAAAUCAACUAGUUCAUCAUCAUCAUCAUCAUCAGCUUUCAAAUGUCCAGCAUCGUCAAUUACGAAAUCUGCAAAAACAAUUAUCAAUACACCUGAAUUAAAAUAUACAUGGGAGGAUCUGGAUAAUAGAUAUUAUUUUCCCAAAGAUGAAACCCAGGAAAAAUUUGACUACCGUUGGAAAACGUGCGAAAUUUGGCAAAAAUGUACCGUGGACCAAAUGCGCCAAUUGACCCAGGCCAAUCUGGAUACCCUGUACGCUAUGAUGCGACUACAGGGUCUCAAAUAUCGUAUGCAAGGUAUAGGAUAUAUGGAAAAAUUUUACGAACGAUUUAUACAAAUGGCCCAGGAUCGUUUACCGGAAAUUUAUAAAUUGAUUGACGGACAGGCACCGGGCAAUGAAACUGUACGCAAAGUUAACACGUAUUAUUUGGGUGUAUCUUUCGAAGAGUAUCGAUGGAUGGGUCAGCAAUUGGAUGUCAGGCGUAAAAACGUGUUAACACCAGUUGGCGAUACCACUGAGCAGGCGUUGAUGGAUGAGUUUAAGUCAAUGCAAAAGGAUAUAUUGACAGCUAUUUUAUGGGCCAAUGAGUAUAUUAUGAAAAAAGGAGAUACAUUUUGGGGCGGUUUGCACGUACAUUUUCAUGAAUUAGUAUCAAAUAUUUUCAAACAAAUUAACGAUGACCUAGAUCAAUUACCCAGCGAUGAAUUCAAAAAGCAUACAUUACAGAUAUUGAUCGAGGAGGUGGGCGUCCUAACAAUUUAAUAAAAAAAAUAAUACACACAUAUUAUUAAUUAAUAAAUAAAUCAAAUUA